UCAAUAACAACAAAACGCCAAUGCCAGUGCAAGCAUUUAACCCCAGCCCGCUAAAUGGCGGUAUGUGCUGGAGACCCGCCAAAAAGCGCCUUUUUACAGUCCCGCAAACUGAGCGCGUUCUCUCCCGCACAGAAAAAAGCUUAUUUUAAAGAUGGCAGUGAACAGCUGUGUGACUGUGGUGCAGCUCGGCUCUGUGAAUCAGGCACAUAAGUCCAACAUUCACCUGUUACCCUGCGACAUCGAGCACGACGGAGCUGCACAAGUGGCCGAGUUUUUCACUCCCACAGUGAAGGACAAAAAGCACGAAAAGACAGUGUCGUUUAGGGGUCGGGGGCUGAAAGGUCAGGAGGUGACGCACCCUCAGGGCUACACGGGACUGGUGCUGAAGGAGGUACAGAGACCCGCAUCUGAUCAAGAAGACCGAGUUGUUAAGGUUUCUUCAGUUUUUCCUAAUUUCACCUAUUGGAAUUUGGAGACUCCUCCCACAUCGGAUGAUCGAGUCAUGAUGGCAAUGGCCUGGCCAAAAUUAGCAGAGACGAUACAUGCACCAGUGGAGGACUGAAAGCUUUAUCAGGACACGUUUCUCGCGCAGUGUACUGUUACAUUUCACCAGUGCGUGUAGUACCUGAACACCUACAUGAUUCUGACUGUCCUGAGAUCACGUGUUCAUUUCAGCACAUUUUUAUUUGUAAUAUUUAUGCAUUCUGUUACCUUUUACAUGACUGUGUAUAAUAAAUAGACACAGUAGAGCUGUACAGAAAUAAACAAUAGAUGACUCA